UGUUAUUUCUCUCCGCCUAUCGGGCCCUAUCGUUCUUCGAUAUCGAGAUUUGAUGCCGAGCUGUAAUAGCUGAAAAUAUUUUAUAAUUUUAUAUUCGCAUCGUUUUCGAAAACAUCCGCAACAUGGCCACGGCUGAAGCCCAAAUCGGUGUGAACAAAAACUUGCAGAAGCAGGACCUCAGCAACUUGGACGUGUCCAAGCUAACGCCUCUCUCGCCAGAGGUCAUCUCCCGCCAGGCAACCAUCAACAUCGGCACCAUCGGUCAUGUGGCCCACGGCAAAUCCACGGUGGUCAAGGCCAUCUCCGGCGUGCAGACGGUGCGUUUCAAGAACGAACUGGAGCGCAAUAUCACAAUCAAGCUGGAACGCUUAAGCGAAAAGAAAAUCAAAAAACUUGUGAGCUCCAGGCAGCAGCGACAGCAGUACGAAAUCAAGCAACGUUCCGUCCUGCGACACCUCUCUGAAUUGCGGCGCCACAGCAGGUUGCGCCGUCUCUCGGCCCCGUUCUCCAUGCCAUCAUCCUCCUCGUACAGCGUGGGCAGACGCACCAGCCGGCGGAGCAGUAGCCAGACCUCGCUGAGUCCCAGCAAUAGCAGCGGCUAUGGCAGCGUCUUUGGCUGCGAGGACCAUGACGUGGGAUCUCUCAAGGGAUCCGCCGAUCUAAAGCGACGACGUAGCUGCGGUGUGAGCACGCCGACUCCAAACUCCAAGCGAUCCAAAAACAACGAGGGACUGAUGGUCAAGAAGCCGCCAAAGGGCGAGUACAUUGUGGAGCGCAUUGAAUGCGUCGAGGUAGAUCAGUAUCAGCCAGUCUUCUUAGUCAAAUGGCAGGGCUAUGCGGCCAGCAAAAACACCUGGGAGAGCCUGGCCAAUGUGGCGGAUUGCGUCCAAAUGGAGGAGUUUGUGCAGCGGCAUCAGCAGCUCUACGAAACGUACUUGGCCAAGAUAACCAGUGAGCUGGAGAAGCAGCUGGAGGCCCUGCCGCUGAUGGAGAACAUCACGGUGGCCGAGGUAGAUGCCUUUGAUCCGCUUAAUCUGCAGCUGGACCUCAUUCUACUGGCCCAAUACCAGGCGGCAAGCAGUCGCAGCCAGCGGGAGCCGCAGAAGAUCGGAGAGCGAGCGCUGCGCAAUAUGCAACUCAAGCGAGCCCAAUUUACGCGGCGCAAGCAGCUGGUAGACCUCGCCAUCUUUGAGCAACGCAUGAAUGUCGUAGAGCAGCCAUCGCCUCCCAUACAAGUUGAGAACAACGUGGAUCUGGAGACCAUAGACAGCAAUUUCAUGUACAUACAGAAGAACAUAAUAGGCGAAAAUGUGCCGAAGCCUGAAGCGGGGCUUCUGGGCUGCAAGUGCAGUGAUGAGGAUGGUGGCGGUGAGGAAUGCGCCGCCUCCACGAAGUGCUGUGCCCGCAUGGCUGGCGAGCUGUUUGCCUACGAGCGAAGCAACCGACGACUGCGCCUGCGUCCCGGCAGCGCCAUCUUCGAGUGCAAUAGCCGCUGUGCCUGCAAGGAGACGUGCUCCAAUCGUCUAGUGCAGCACGGACGACAGCUGCCGCUGGUGCUCUUCAAGACGAGCAACGGCAGCGGCUGGGGUGUGAAGACCCCGAGUGCCCUGCGAAAGGGGGAAUUUGUGUGCGAGUACAUCGGGGAGAUCAUCACCAGCGACGAGGCCAACGAGCGGGGAAAGGCGUACGACGACAAGGGCAGGACGUACCUAUUCGACUUGGACUACAACACGGCGCAGGAGAGCGAGUACACCAUUGAUGCGGCCAACUAUGGCAACAUCUCGCACUUUAUCAACCACUCGUGUGAUCCGAAUCUUGCCGUCUUCCCCUGCUGGAUCGAGCACUUGAAUGUGGCCCUGCCGCACCUCGUGUUCUUCACGCUGCGUCCAAUUAAAGCGGGCGAGGAGCUGAGCUUCGACUACAUUCGCGCGGACAACGAGGACUUGCCCUACGAGAACCUCUCGACCGCUGUGCGCGUUGAGUGCCGCUGCGGGGCGGACAAUUGCCGCAAGGUCCUCUUUUGAACGGACACAAAGUUAUCUUCUUUUUUUUUGUUAAGUCGGAAAAUACCUUAAACUGCAUUGGCUUUUACUAUUUUCAAUUGGCGCAUGCCGGCCAUCUGUAAUCAGAUUUAUAUUAUGAACAACUAAUUGAUUGCAUUUUAACUAUUUAUUUGUUAAUUCUUUUGCACUGCCAAAUGCGAAUAUCGACGAAUCGUGGAUUAUAUUAAGUUUGAACAACAUACGUCUAGGGAAUAAAUCGAGAACGCUGUAUAAUUUGUACAUGUAAUUCUAUACAUUUCAUUUUUUUUCUAUUAUUGAACUAGGUUAACAGUAGUGUUUGGACAAACCACCUUUAUAAUGUGCUGAAAUUAAGUACGGUAUUAUGUAUGUGUAAAUCAAUAUUUCACAAUAAAUAACUUAUGAUAAUUAAA